AUGACCACCUUCAACUCAAUACCCCAUGACUAUGCCCCAUUAUUUUAUGUUGAUAAAGUAUUAGCUAAGAGCUCCAUAGUGAUUGGGCUAAAAUGCUCUAAAAAUUACUAG